AGCACCUUCAACUAUCAUAGACCAAGCCAAAACAAUAAAGCCCAGAAGGUGGGAUCUAUCUCAGCUCUUUUUCUUUCUCAAGUCGAAAGUUUUAUUUAUAUAAGUCGGAAGCGCGACAAGCUUAGGAGUUUGUGUGAAGGUCGAGAAUUAUAAGCUUGACCGCAAGGAAGCGCAAGGAUGUUUGUUUCGUCGCCCUGGUGUUCUGAGGAUGGGAUUCUUGAAUCGCAAGUUGAAUUACCACUUCUUGAAAUUGAAGGAAUUGAUAAAAGAUUGACAAGAGAACAGAGGAGAAGCUUCUGAAUAUAUCGAUGUGGUUGAAGAUAUCAUGCUCGCACAAUUGUUGAAUCAAUUGCAAAUCUCGUCGAGGGCGAUUCGGGAACAGGUUAUUUUUGCUGUGAUCGAGUACAGAGCUAGAGUACACAUGGAUGGAGAAGAUGUGGGUAUCCGUCCAUGCGCGACUCGAUGAUUUGGUGGAAUGUUCGGUUUGGCUGAAAUGAUUGGAAAUUGGACGAUUUAUCAACGAGAUGGAUGAUGUGAUUCAAUUGACUGACGUAGGUACUAAAUGGAAUCCGUCGAUAGCGUUUGGAGUAUUCAGUCAGAUACUAAUCGUGGUACAGUAUAAUUCUCGUUUCCUUCGUAGAUUUUCCAAAGCUCAAUAUCAUAACAUCCUUUCUCUCAGAACAAGUCGACGAAAAUGGUUACUCCUCUGAAAGCACGGAAGAAUAUAGUCAGUCGUUCUAUCGUAAAUGCAGACUUUCCUUUUGAUCAGCACUGGAAGUCAUAAAACAGUUUGACGAGGCUGGGAAGAAAACAUAGUGAUAGAAGAAGAGAAAGAUCUUUUAGGGAAAAGCUUUACUUCAGCAUACUCGAUUUGAAACUUGGUUGCGGGAUGUAUCUUUAGUGUUGUGUUGGCAUUGUAGUAUAGCUUAUGCAUGGAUUGGAUUGUGAAGCAUGGUUCAGGGAUUUAUUAAGCUUGUCCUGUCUUUUCUCCCGCUUCAUGCUAUGACUAAGAUUGGCUGAUGUUUCCAUUGGUUGAGUUCAUAUUUCAUCGAUAUAUCCCUUCUUU